AUGGAGCACGAGUCACUCACAUCCAAGGACCUCUCAGAUUGUCAGUCCGUCAACGACGUUUCUUCCUACGGGACUGAUGAACGGCCAUCACUGUCCGAAUUUCCCGACCUAGUUUCCCAGCAAAGCUUAGAACGCCUAGAGGCAAAGGCGAAUCCGAGAAUCCCUCCAUCCAUUCCUCUCCCUCGAGAAUCUUCCCGGAACGACGCGCCUGGCGUAUCGACUUUCGCCAUGUAUACCGGCCCCAAGCCUCCGACGCCUCACGUCCCUGGUGUGUACCGCUUCACAGCGACUGCCCUGGGCGCUGGCAUGUGGUUCUUCCUCAUGUACCGCGCGAAGAAAGACGGAGCUGUGUUGCUGGGCUGGAAGCACCCUUGGGAUCACUGA